AUGACAGCUCAAAGACCUCAACAGUAUGACGCUCAGCUCAAAGACCUCAACAGUAUGACGGCUCAAAGACCUCGACUGUAUGACAGCUCAAAGACCUCAACACUCAAAGACCGCAACAGUAUGACAGCUCAAAGACCUCAAGGAUGGUUUAAAGCAACACCAGAACGCAUUAUAUCUGAGAUCAGUGACAAAGAAAUCAUGGACAGGAAGUGGGCUCAACUUCAAAUUGUUCUUCUUUUAGUCUAUAAUGCUUAUGGUGCAGAUUCAACAUGCAUAGACAAAGGCUGGUUUGGUACUUCAUGCCAAUACAAGUGCCACUGCAUUGGUGAUAAGUGUGAUGGCGCAACUGGUGUAUGUGUAGAUGGAACCAAUUGUGUGAAAGGCUGGUUCGGACCAAGCUGUCAAUACCGUCGUAAUGUAGCCUUAAGACAAGCAGCUGUCCAGUCAAGCAACUAUUCAGGUACUGAUAUAAGCGGUGUAAAAGACAUACAGGCUAGCAAUGCUGUCGACGGGAACACCAAUAACGAAUUUACUGCAGAUUCCUGCACUCACACGAACGACCCUAAACCACAGUGGAAUGUCACUUUUUCAUUCCCUCAGAUGACUGUGACCAACAAUGCCGCUGUAGCGACACAUCUGAGACUUGCAUGUCUAUCACUGGUGGAUGUUUAUCUGGGUGUUGGUCUGGUUACUAUGGCCAGGGUUGUCAGAUGGAAUGUCCACCAACAAGAUGGGGCGUUGAUUGUCUCAAGACUUGCAGCCUUUUCUGCUUUAGCCCUCAAGCUUGUAAUAGGAGAGAUGGUUCGUGUGACGGAGGAUGUGUGGCUGGAAUGCCCAGUAGAAAGAUGGGGAGAGAACUGUGCUAAAAUGUGCAGUUCGAAAUGUGCUAACGAUAGUGCGUGCGACAGACGAACCGGCAAUUGCGCCACAGGCUGCAGUUCUGGCUACCUCGGCGACAGGUGUGAUCAGGAAUGUGACAAUUUGACCUUUGGCCUGAAUUGUCUGGAGAACUGUUCCAUCAAUUGUGGUGGGGAUGGAAAAUGUGACAUUGUUAGCGGCUAUUGUUUGCAAGGAUGCAAGUCUAAAUAUGGCGGUCACGUGUGUGAUCAACUAAUCCAGGAGAAUUCAACUGAAGCUGUUGUUAUCAUCAUUCCUGUAGUUCUGGUGGCUAUUGUUACGUGUUUGGUUAUCGCAGCUAUUGUUAUAUUUUUACGUCGCCGACAAUCUAAAAAAGAAUAUGCUGAAUCACUGGAUACAAUACUUGACAAUUCUCGAUGUUUGGAGUCCACACAAUUGGCAGAUGCCAAAGUAUUGAAUGAAGCCAACAAUGAAAAUAUAUAUCUGGUCCCUGAAUCUGAUGACGGAUCUAUUGCCGUUCAUCAGUUGGCUGACUUCAUGCAAACACACGACAGACGAUAUUUCGAUGAACAAUUCAAGAAUAUACCAGCACCUGAAAAAGUCUCCACAACGAUUGGUCUGAGCCAAAAGAACAAGCACAAAAACAGAUACAAGAAUAUUUGUACAUAUGAUCAUUCUAGAGUUCAUUUAGACAUCACGGAAGUAAACAAUGAAGAUGACUACAUAAAUGCCUCUUACAUUCAGGGAUUCAACGAUGAGGAAAAAUUCAUUGCGUCGCAAGGACCCAACAGUAUUAUUAUCAACGAUUUUGUACGAAUGUUAUGGGAACAAAAAGCGGAUAAAGUUGUCAUGUUGACUAAUUUGAUAGAGGAAGGAAAGGUCAAGUGCGACCAGUACUGGCCAGAAGAUGGGAAGAUGAUGUUUGGAGAUAUUAAAGUCAAACUGGCUGUCACACAUGUGUUUGCUGAUUACACGAUCAGAAGAUUACUGUUAAGUAAGAAAGGCACGGACGUCCAACAGGUGACCCAGUUCCACUUCACGUCAUGGCCGGACAAGGGCGUGCCCAUAACUCCCUGGGCAUUGGUGGACUUUGAGCAGAGGGUGGCCUUCAACCCCACCAGUAGACCUGUGGUCGUCCACUGCAGCGCUGGUGUUGGCCGUACAGGGACAUUUAUCGCACUGAGAAAUGUGAUGAGAGAAGCUGAGGAGACUGGACGUGUUAAUUUCUUACAGACAGUCGCCAGGCUAAGACAGGACAGGAUGAAUAUGGUACAAACAUCGGAACAAUAUGAAUUUCUCCACAAAACCGCACAAGUAGCAAUAACAUGUAUAUGUACCACAAUCACAGCCUAUGAUGUUGACGUGAAGGUUCAACAUCUUCUGGACAAAUCUGUGUCGGGGAAAACUAAUCUGGAGAAUGAAUUCAAGUCGGUGUGUGCUGUAAGCGCUGACUUACAGACAGCUGGUAAAGAAGAAGAAAAAGAAUUGAAGGUUUACGAAAACAACCAAGAUGUGGACUUGAUGAGGAAAAACCGGUGCCCAGAGAUCAUGCCGAAUCACUUGUACCAAGCUAAGUUGUCUAGAAGCAGAUCAGAAGACAGCGACUACAUCAACGCCGUUGUCUUUCCUAGCUUCACCAAACUUGACCAUCAACUGCUGACACAACUGCCCCUGCCAACAACUGUGGAAGACUUCUGGAGGCUGAUUGUUGAGUACAACGUCACGUUGGUGGUGGUGUUUGAUGUGGGACUUGUGCUACACGACAAUACAUUAGGUCACUAUCUGCCAGCAUCAGUCAAUGAGAUGUUGAACAUCAGAGACUACACAGUGGAGCUCAAGUCAAGCAACACACACACAUUAUGGGAGGAAAAAACUGUUGUCGUUAGAACUAUGGGACCUCUACAGCUGAAGUCAUUCAAUACACAAGACGGUCACACUGUUCUACAUCUACAAAGUAAACUCACCACACUGGACACAAAGACGUUGCUGCAGUUUAUAAAACAAACAAGAAAACACUCAAACAAGAAAGGGAGGGUGAUAUACAUGUGCAGAGAUGGGGCCACCUACAGCGGUCUUGUCUGUGUUUUGAACCUCCUACUAGACAGGAUGGACAAUGACCUACGGCUAACUGUGCCAUUAGUUGUUGGAGCGGUCAAGUCCAUUCGACCACAGGUCAUUCCUACACUGGAACAGUACCACUGCCUGUAUCAAGUUCUGCAAAGAUACAGCCAUACGACGACCACAUACAGCAACUUUGAGAAGAAAUCAGGAAAAUGUGUAGAGCAUUUAGAUAAUAAUGUUGAUGACAAUGUACUGUAUGCAAACACUGAGUAAUCAUAACAUUUACAUAGCUGGACAUGUCGUUAUGUAUUUGAUGUUAACCAGGGGAAGUAAUACUGUAAACGUUACUGAUUUCGUUAUUUUCAGGUUGUUCCCCUUGUUAUACCUGAACCCUUAACACUAUAAGUGCCAGGAAAUAUCCAUACAAAACAUAAUAAAAUACAUCUUCACCAUCGUGGCCUAAACAAUACUUUUAUAUUUUAUAAUACUGAUGAUUUGUUAUUUUAUCGAUUACUAAUUAUCAAAUUUAUAUAUUUUAACUGUUAUAAUUAUAAACAAAUGAGUCGUGGGGAGGGGGAUGUCUUUAUUGCAGUAUUUUUUUAUUUAUUUUUUAUUUAUUUUAAAACAGUUAUUGUGUAUUGCUUUAAAAGAAAUGUCUACACACGGUAAUA